UUCAACAUUGCUCUUGCAGAGAAGUGGGAGGGUGUGAAGUGGAGGUUAAAAUGCCUUUGAGUCUUCAACCUAUUCAUUGUGAUCUACCUUAAGACUUCAUACAUGAUGAAGUGACGAGAAAAGGAUCACUACAAAGGUUUCAUUUUGAUGUUACUGUUACAGUGAGAGCUGCAGCAGGUGCUACAUCUCACGGUUUCCGCUUCUUCCUCGUCUUUUUCUGACUGCUAUCACUCACCGUGAAGGAGCAAGAAGAGAGCCCACCCAUUUGCAACCUUUUCAAACCCCCUCUUUCUUCUAAGACCAGUUGUAGCGGCGCCCCCUUUGAAGUUACACGCUUGACUUGCAAAGGAGAGCUCUACACCGAAAUGUUUUCGAGCUCAAACAACUCAGCAGAGGCGGUGGCGGAGGGUGGUUAUCCGUCUGUGUAUGUGGUGGACACCCAUGCCACGCGGCCCCCCCUGCCGCCACGGCUGAACCAGAGAAAAAGGGCCACCGGGCCAGCACAGACCCUGCUGUUCCUGCUGGUGAGCCUGGCAUUGUGCGGCAUGGUCAUAGAAGCCUGUUUCAUCUAUCGUCUCUAUCAAGAGGAAUCUGCCACCCAAGCAUCGUUCUCUAAGUUAAUCGCAGAAUCUUCAUCUCCCACCAAACUUCCCGGUCAAGACAUCCUUCCCUCUAAACCAGUUGCACACCUGACAGAUGGACACGAUCCCAAAGUCCACGGCAAAACUAUCAUGGCCUGGAACCAGAAUGCAGAUCCUCUCCUCUAUCAAAUGGACUACAAAGACGGAAAGCUUAUCAUCCUGAAAGAGGGUUUCUACUAUGUCUAUUCAAAGAUUUAUUUCUCAGAACACGACAGUUUUCAUCAUUUUGUUAAUUUAAGUACAGAAAGGUAUGCUGGAGAAUACAUCACUUUGCUGGAGUCGAGAUACUCGAGACACAAAAACAAAAACUCCCCAUCAUUGAGCAAUAUGAAAUCCAACAGCUACCUGAGUGGAGUGUUUCAUCUCCGUAAAAAUGAUGCUCUUUGCGUAAGUGUCAAAAACAUGUCCCAACUUAUUCGAUACAAACCAUCUGAAAAUGUUUUCGGCGCAUAUAUGAUAUAGAUCCAUCUAUAUUCAUCUUUUUCAAGUAGGCUCCCAGAGGUGGGGGGAGCGUAUCCAGUGGGGGACCCACCUGGUAGUGUGAUGUCUAUACAUAUAUUUUCUAUUUACAUUUAACCAUAAAACUAAAUGCUUUGAGUUGGAGUCAGCAGUUAUAAAACUCCAUCUACGGUUUUCUGGACUGUUUGUCAAACCAUAAGUCAGAAAGGUUUUCAAUGACUUUUCUGGUCACGAGGGUGUGAACUUCGCUGGUGGCUCUUUGCUUGUAGGUGAAGGUUUUCAGUUUAACAGUCAAACAAAAUUUUCUUAUUCAUUCCUAAACUCACCUACAUACCUAUUUAAAAUCACUUAGUUUCCAAUGAUGACAGUUCAGAGUUUAUGAUGUUGAUGUUACUGAAUAAUGAUUUUAUUGAAUGUUUGUAGAUUAAAAAUCAAGUACAUACUUGGAUAUGCUAUUUUUUACCUAGUCUUGCCACGACACGAAGAGUGUUUUAUUAAUUUAUUCCUCCCAGAUGAAACUAUUUUAUCAUGCUGUAUAUUUAUGCACAGUGAUGUAAUGAAAUAAAGAAAUGCUGAUUCGAC